AUGUGGGAUGAUGAGGUGUCUAUCAACACUUAUAGUUCAUGGCAAUAUAAGCGUUAUAUAACAACAUUGAGGUUUGAAAAGGACGAGCAUGGUCCAUCAUCUACACAAAUAAUUCUUGGUGAAUUUCUCAGAGAAUGUCCUCAUUUGGAAUGUAUCGUAUUGGUUAAGGAAGAUUGGACUAUUGUUCUGCCGAAUCCGGAUGAUUCUAUUGAUCGGAAACUCAGAAUCAAGUUCAUUGAAAUGAAAAUUGAUUCACCGACAAUUCGUCAGAUCUGUGAAUCUAAACUUGUGAACAAGAUUGUACUCGAAAGAGUAGAAAUCACAUACACCGAGCCUGUAGAAACUACCAUUUCUGAUAUACCCAAAGUAAGUUUAGAAAGUUUUAUUUGCAUUGGAUUAAAUUUGCAAAAUCAGGGAUUUUAUGAUCUUCUUAAACAGACACAGGUGAAAAAAAUGAUAUUUGUUGAAUGCAGUAUCGAUGCAAAAUUGUUAGAUCAAGUUUUUAGCGGUGAACAAACAAUUAUAUUAGAAGAACUGGAGUUUCAAACAAACACGUUAACGAAUGCUCGUGAGUUUGGUAUGAGCAAGCUACGCAACUUAACAUCCAUCAACAUCAUAAAUAUGACACGUGAACAUGUUCCAAAGAAGAAAGGACUUCAGUGGUGCCAGUUUCCUGUCGAGUCCAAUAUUUCCAGCUCUGGCUCAUCUAAUUCACAAAACGAUACGUAUUGCACUAUGCUAAAUCUAUCCCUUCAUGUUCAACUGACUUCUUUAGUGAUCGAUCUGUGUCCUCAGAACUAUUCACUUUUCAAAAAACACGUGUUUAGAGCACGAAGUCUUAAAAAUCUUACCUUACAUGCUAUACAUAUAUCCAUCGAUAUGUCCAAGAUUCUGGAAAGAAACUGUUCAAUCGAAACUAUAUGCGUGGUUGGGUACGAGCAAAGUACAGUGUUUGCUACGAAACAUAAACAUGUGCGCUCAAAUUGCAAAAAUUUAAAAUUAAUAGAUUUUACCAUCAGUAACGAAGAUUUUUUUAAGUAUGUUGCUGGACUUAAGUACAUCGAAAAACUUAAUGUAAGUCGGUCAGUAGUAGACGUUAAUUGUGAAGAAAUGGUUCAAACACUUGGUAGUCACGAAUCGAGAGCAAGAUUGGUCAUACGUAUUAAAUAUGCUGAUGGGUUAACCAGAGCAUUGACAAAGUCUGACUUGGACAUGAGAAACCAUAGAGUGUCUUUUAUAGUGGUUAAUUAA